UAACUUUGAGGCCCUUCUCUGCUUACUGAGCAUGCUCAGAUUCAGCCAGACUUCUACCAUCCUGACUGUGAAUGUUUGACUGGAUGUUUGUGCUCAGAGUUUAGUCUUUCACAAACCUCAGAGCCGAGCAGAAUGAGUCCACCAUCAGGAGCAUCCUCCCUACAGGUCCACGCAGUCCGCUUCGGUCCAGGUCAGGAGCUGCUGGGAUCUCUGCAGGCGUUCGUGGAGGAGGCGGGACUUAAAGCUCCCUUCAUCAUUACCUGCGUGGGCAGUGUUACCAAGGCGACGCUCCGGCUGGCAAAGGCCACGGCGACAAAUCCAAAUGAGAUCCUCCACCUGAGCGGGCAUUAUGAGAUCGUGUCCCUGGUCGGCACUCUGAACCCGGACGCUCACCUCCACGUCUGCCUGGCUGACGGCGAGGGUCAGACCGUGGGGGGUCACGUGAUGGGAGGCCUGGAGAUUUUCACCACAGCUGAGGUCGUGAUCGGAGAGGCCACACAGCUGCAGUUCAGGAGGGAGAUGGACGAGAGGACGGGCUUCCCUGAGCUGGAGGUGCAGAAGAGAUGAAGGAGACGCAGGUUCACCAGGUACAUCAGGUACAGCUGCUGACAGAGGCGUCCUCACUGUGGACAUAAAGCAUCACAUUCACAGCUUCACUUCCACACAGCUGAGUGAAGCAUCAUUCAUGCUCAGCUGCAAGAACACCAUCAUCCUCACGCCUGAGUGUGAGCUCUUUGAAACCAAUAAUACAUCAAUAAACUCUAAACUCUAAGAACA